CAGUUGGAUAGGGGGAAACUGGUGACCACAAUAACAAAAAUGUAAUGAGUUACUUGCCCUGCCUGUUAAAAGGUUAAGACAGAGGGGGGCUUGGGUGUUAAAGGAGGUACAAGGAACCUCUGAAGGCUGACACUGAGUAAGACAGAAGAAGCCAUGGUGACAUCUGAAGAAAGGGUAUCCAGGCAGAGGCAGAGCCUGGCAAAGGCUAACCAUGACUGGAGUCUGGAGAGUUGGGGAGCAGCCAGGAGGCAAGGGCAUCUGGCACAGAGGAAGCCAGAGGCAAAACGAGGAGGCAGCUAGGAAGCCUCACAGGAAGGCAGGCAGACAAAGGGCUCCUUGUACACGCCAGGCCUCUUGUCAGUUCUUGGUACCUCCCGGGGCUCAGAGCAGACCCUAAAGGAAGCCAAGUCCUUCCUGAGACAGGCAGAUCCAGGAUGGGGAACCCAGUGGAUCGAGUGUCACUGGGGGAGACCUGGAGCAGGCAAGUGCACCCUGACAUAGACAGCGAAAGGCACUCCCCAUCCUUCAGCGUGGAGCGGCUCACCAACAUCCUUGAUGGAGGCGUCCAAAACACUGUGCUGCGGAGGAGAGUUGAAACCCUUAUCCAAAGUAACCCAGUGUUUGAUUUGAAGCACCUAUACUUCAUGACCCUCGAUGAGCUGUAUGAGGAUGCAGUUCAAAAGAGAUUCCAUCUUGAGAAGCUAGCCCGGAGCCUGGGCUGGUCAGAAGACGGUCCUGAAUGCAUUUAUGCUAACAGAGUCCUUGCUGGAUAUGUCAACUUAAGCUUACAUGUUGUUGCCAUGAAUGCUAUCAGAAGCCUGGGCUCAGAUGAACAGAUUGCUAAAUGGGGCCAACUCAGUAAAAACUUCCAAAUCAUCAUGACAUAUGCCCAGACAGAGCUGGGACAUGGGACAUACCUGCAGGGCCUGGAGACCGAAGCCACCUAUGAUGCAGCCACCCAGGAGUUUGUGAUACACAGCCCUACAAUGACUUCUACCAAGUGGUGGCCUGGAGACUUGGGACGGACGGUUACCCAUGCUGUGGUCCUAGCCCAGUUGAUCUGCUUAGGAGCCCGGCAUGGCAUGCAUGCCUUCAUUGUGCCCAUCCGGAGCCUAGAGGACCACACCCCACUACCAGGAAUAACAGUCGGGGACAUAGGCCCCAAGAUGGGCUUGGAAAACAUAGACAAUGGCUUCCUGCGACUGAACCACGUGAGGGUUCCCAGAGAGAACAUGCUCAGUCGCUUUGCAGAGGUCUUGCCAGAUGGUACCUACCAGAGGCUCGGGAAACCACAGAGCAAUUACCUUGGCAUGUUGGUGACACGAGUGCAGCUGCUGUCUAAAGGAAUCCUGCCCUCCCUCCAGAAGGCUUGCACCAUUGCUGUGCGCUACUCAGUAAUCCGCCACCAGUCUCGUCUUCGGCCUAGUGACCCAGAGGCAAAGGUCCUGGAUUACCAGACGCAGCAGCAGAAGCUCCUUCCUCAGCUUGCUGUGAGCUAUGCCUUGCAUUUCGUGGCCACCAGCCUCUUAGAAUUCUUCCGCAGCUCCUACAGCGCUAUUCUGAAGAGAGACUUCAGCCUCCUGCCCGAGCUCCAUGCACUGAGCACUGGCAUGAAGGCCAUGUUUGCAGACUUCUGUGCCCAGGGAACAGAGAUCUGCCGCAGGGCCUGCGGGGGUCACGGCUACUCAAAGCUGAGCGGCCUGCCAACACUGGUCACUCAAGCGAUAGCUUCUUGCACGUAUGAGGGUGAGAAUACGGUGCUCUACCUGCAAGCAGCCAGGUUUCUGAUGAAGAGCUACCUGCAGGUUCAAGGGUCCUCAGGCUCCAUGCCACAGAAGCCUCUCCCUCAGUCUGUCAUGUAUCUCGCCACACCGAGGCCAGCCAAGUGCCCAGCCCAGACAGCAGCUGACUUCCUCUGCCCAGAAGUCUAUACCACAGCUUGGGCAUAUGUGUCUGCCAGGCUCAUAAGAGAUGCAGCAGAGCAUACACAGACCCUCAUGAGAUCCGGGGUUGACCAGUACGAUGCUUGGAAUCAGACUUCUGUCAUACACCUUCAGGCUGCUAAGGCUCACUGCUUCUUCAUCACUGUGAGGAAUUUCAAGGAAGCUGUGGAGAAACUGCACAAUGAACCAGAGAUUCAGCGUGUGCUCCAGCACCUCUGUGACCUCUAUGCCUUACACGGUAUUCUGACUAACUCAGGGGACUUUCUGCAUGAUGGCUUCCUGUCUGGGGCCCAAGUGGACAUAGCAAGAACAGCCUUCCUAGACCUGCUUCCUUUGAUCCGGAAGGACGCCAUCUUGUUAACCGAUGCUUUUGACUUCUCGGACCAUUGUUUAAACUCAGCACUCGGCUGCUAUGAUGGACAUGCCUACAAACGCCUGUUUGAGUGGGCUCAGAAGUCCCCAGCCAAUACUCAGGAGAACCCUGCCUAUAAGAAGUAUCUUAGACCACUGAUGCAAAGCUGGAGACCCAAGCUGUGAAAAGCCAAAGGAUUCAGGACCAAGAAGCACCAUGGCCUUUCUAUGGCACAUAUACAUAUAAAGAAUUUAAAGCACAGGGUGGCAUGCUGCUUGUUCAAAUCAGUGAGUAAAUUGGUACAUGAAUGGAUGUUCAUCACAUUAUUCUGCUACUGAGUAUGUUUGAAACUUUCCCUUGUCUGUUUGUAGUAUGUAUUUGGCCAAAUGCUAGAAUUUUACGUUAAAUACAGCAAACGAUAAUAAACCUGUUAGUUAC